CCCGCCGCCCCGACCCCACCACCAUCACCCCCUUCCCCGCCCCGGCGUCGGACCCGGCGGCGCUCCCCGCGUCCACCCUGCACCCCUUCUUCCCGCCCUGCACCAUGAACACCAACGUCUGCGUGGAGCCCGGGCCGGGCCCGGAGGCGCCGGGGCUGCCCAAGGAGAGCCACCUGCCCGAGGGCGCCCUCAACAGCCUUGUGGAUUACAACUCGGAGAUGGAGCGCUACCGCUCCUUCGCCACCUCCUUCUACAAGACCAACGGCGGCGCCUUCCCGCAGGCCGCCAAGAUCGCGCGCAUCACCACCCCCAUCUUCCCCAGCAGCGCCGCCGCCGCCGCGGCCGCCGCGCGCAUCGGCAUGUCCCCCUGGAGCUGCGACAACGCGGCCACCGCCGCCGCCGCCACCGCCAUGCUCUGGGGCAGCGGCGGGGGCGGGGGCGGCGGCGGGGGCGCGGGCGGCGGCGGGGGCGGCGGCGGGGGCGGCGGGGGCGGCAGGAAAGCCUCCUCCGCCGCCGCCUCCGCCUCCGCCUCCGCCUCCUCCUCGGCGAUCCUCCCCGCGGGCGGCGGCGGCGGCGGCGGCGGUGGAGGCGGUGGCGGCGGCGGUGGCGGCGGCGGCGGCGGCGGCGGCGGCAGCGGCAGGACCGGCCUGCACCACCGGAACGACUCCCAGCGGCUGGCCAAGGCUGGCUGCCCGCCAGAGCCGUCGCUGCAAAUGGCAAACACUAAUUUCCUCUCCACCUUGUCCCCCGAGCACUGCAGACCUCUGGCGGGGGAAUGCAUGAACAAGCUCAAAUGCGGCGCCGCCGAAGCGGAGAUCAUGAAUCUCCCCGAGCGCGUGGGGACCUUCUCCGCCAUCCCGGCUCUAGGGGGCAUCUCGUUACCUCCGGGGGUCAUCGUCAUGACAGCCCUGCACUCCCCCGCCGCGGCCUCGGCGGCCGUCACAGACAGCGCGUUUCAGAUCGCCAACCUGGCGGACUGCCCGCAGAACCACUCCUCCUCCUCCUCGUCCUCCUCCGGGGGAGCCGGCGGCGGGGCCAACCCGGCCAAGAAGAAGAGGAAAAGGUGCGGGGUCUGCGUGCCCUGCAAGAGGCUCAUCAACUGUGGCGUCUGCAGCAGCUGCAGGAACCGCAAAACGGGACACCAGAUCUGCAAAUUUAGGAAAUGUGAAGAGCUAAAGAAAAAACCGGGCACUUCGCUAGAGAGAACACCUGUUCCCAGCGCUGAAGCAUUCCGAUGGUUCUUUUAAAGCAGUAGUAUAUCUUAUUUUCAAGGCAUUUGGAAGUGAAGGGCAAACUAAUGUCUUGUUUUAAGAAACUGCUUAGUCCACCACUGAAGAAAAUAUCAGAUAUUAUUUUCAUUUUAUGUAUAGGGGUUUCUUCAAAAAAAAAAAAAAAAAGAGGAAAAGAAAAGUAAAAAAAGACAUCUCAAAAUAACCUGGGAGCUCUGGGAACUGGCCAGUCCAUUUACUUUGUUUACUCUGAUUCUUUGAUGUAAUUUAGCUAUCCUAGUGAAGUCGUCGUCUAUUUUGAAAGUGGCUGUAAAAAAUAAGUUUGGGUAAACCCCUGCUGUAAAAUCAUGUAUCUUUGCAAAGUACAUAUCUAUACUUCAUUUUCAAAUAUAUGUGUUUCAGUACUGUAAACUGUACAGAUAGCAGCUUGUAUUUUGUGUGUUUAGACACAAGGAGACAAUCACGUCUGAGCAUCUAUGGAGAUUAACAGUUUGUACACAACAGUAUGGUUCUGUAAGUUAAAUCUGGAGCAAUAAAUUUUAGCUUUAAAUAUUUUUUGCCAGUUGUUUCUAGAAGCAGCAGGAGCAGUGGCAUGCUUUGCCAUGCAUCUUUCAGUGGAGACUUGAUGCCAGGUUUCACAAGAAGAAAAGAUGAUGAUGCGUCCAGCAAUUACCUGCAGUUGUAUUGCGAUAGGAGGGAAGAUGUGAUGAAAGUUUCAAUUAAUCUUUUGAGCACUAUAUUAGAGUAGUGGUUAUGCACUUGCAUUGCUUACAAACGAGCUGUACAGAAGGGUAUACCUCCCAAAUACUUAGUGUAGUUGACUUGUCUUGGGUUGCACUGUAUGGCGGAGUACCCUGAGUAGUUGGAAUAUGCAGAAUCAGUUGUAUAAAUUUUUUAAAACAGUGUUUUCUAGGACACAGAAGCAUCGGAUCGUAGGGGGAGAAAUCCAUGGCUGAAUUGUUGUUUUUUACUAGCCCAGCAUGGGCUAUAUUUUUCGUUUGUUUAUUUUUUGCCUUAUUAUUAUUAUUAUUAUUAUUGGUAGGAAAAAUAAACACAAUAAUAAAAUGUAUUCAAAUGUUUUAAUUCCAUGUAUGAUAUUAAAUCGGUAGUUUUAUUUUACAUUGGAACAUAUCAAAGCUUCUGCCUUGAGACAUGGCUAGGUAUAUUUUUAAGUAAAAAGAAUUAAACACUUUCAUAAACCUGAGGGUUUUUUUAAUCCUUUGUUAUCUUCCUUUCUCAUAGCCUCCCAUUUGGACCAGUGGCCUUCCCCUAGGCCCUCAGUGGAAUGUUCCAUUGCUCCCAUUCCCAUUCUUGUCAUCAAGGAUGCUGUGGUUCCAGAGAAUUCCAUAAAUGUAAACAACCCCUAAACACAAAGGAGUAUGCUUCAUAGGACCUGGGCCUUUUCACCUAGAAUUUGGUUUGCUUAUGGCAAUUGGGGCUCCCAAGGCUGUCCCAGUAGCACAAUUAUUAUUUGUGAUGACAUGUUACCUAAGAUUCUUCCUCCCCCCCCCCUUUUUUUUUGGUCAGAUACUGUUCAACUUCAGCAAUAAAAUAGAGUUUAGCAAAAACACAUAGAGAAUCAAAGUUGCCAUGUUACUGUCAUUUUUUUAAAACAAAAAAUGACACUUUUUAUCCACUUAUUUCAGCCUACACAUCCAUUAGCCUUUUGAAAAAUGUUAGCAAAAUGUAUCAUAUGAAGAAAAAUAACUUGGGAAGAGAAAGGGUGAUGAAAAAGACUGCAAAACUUUAGAAAGCCUAGCAGAUGAAUAAAUUUAAAAGGCUAGUUCUAGCUUUGAAUUGCAAGUAAUAGAACAGAGGAGAUUUUUUUAAAAAAAUGGAAGGAGCAUUUGCCGUAAGAAUUCUGGAGGGAGGGAUGGAUAAGGCACUAACAAAUGCUAAUGUUAAAGUGUGCUUUAACUUCCUGGAAUAUGAAUGCAAGGUCUAUAGUUAUGGUCCAAUAGUCUUUUUGAGGAAAAUUCAUUAUCUGUUAUACCUAUCCACGUUUAGAGAAGAGAAUUAAAUAAUCACAAACUAAAACAUGCUGUAUAUUAGUUUUGAGAUCACUUUCUACUUGCUAUGUAUUCCUUUGAGGAUUUCUAGAUAGAAUUUCUAUUCCAGCUGUGGGAGAAGAGAGCUAUAUGAAUUAUUUCUAGUUCCUUUUUUAUUUUACUUAUUUUUAAAUCAAUUUUGCUAAUUUUUACAAGUAACUGAAAACUAACUCUCACACUUGAAUGAGAAGCUUGCCUUGCUUUUUGGAAAACGAUGGUUGUUAUUACAGCAGUGAAGCAAACUUCUUUCUCUUCAGACUGCAUUGGGCACACAAUAGCAUACAAAGAUCUCAUAGCAAUGUACCAAGAGUCUAAAAUACAUGCUAGUGUUGCAUGUCUUGAUGUGUUUUUGUUUGUUCGUUUUCUUAAAGAACUUACAAAUCUGUAUAUUGUAAAAUGUGGUGUUUUACAUGUCAAUUCAAUAUUUUAAUGAAAGAAAAUCUGUUGAUUAUUAAAAUGGAAAUGUAUAGCUUUUCUUUAAUUCUCUUAUAUGUUCUUAUUCUUGACAUUGUUCUUUUACACUGCCCAUUUCUUUAGUUGUGCUAAAACUCUAUUUAUAUAAUGUAGGGUGCAUAUAAAGUUCUCGUUGAUGAUGUUGAAAAAGGAUAUUACUCAUCUGGCCUCAAUCUAGUUCCUUUCUCUAAGUCUAUGUACCAAGAGCUGUAAAGCAUAUCAUUAUAAUACUAAGGGAAUGAUUUCAAGGUUUACAUUUUCAUGAUUUUAAAAUACCAAUGAAAGGUAACUUUUAAAAUUCCUCACUGUAUGUUUUAUAUUCAGCACCAAGAAAAUUUAGAACAUAAAAAUGGAAUAUAGAUCGGGUGGACUAUCAAUACACCUUAAAAAUUUCCUACCAGAGAAGUCAAAUAAAAUAGUUUGUGAGAGGUCUACAUACACAGAAGUCUUGUUUUGUCUUGGGUAGAUGAGGAAAUGCUAUAUUCUGUCAGCAUUUUGGGGGGAGCAUGGAAAAUCUUUGGGUGUCAAUUUCCUUGUCAGCUGUCACUUAGCACCCUAACAUCACAAGAACAUCAUCAUGUAAACCUUUUUCCAGGCCUUCAGACUUCAGUGGCUUUGUGAUGAAUUCUGUCUGUGUACAAGGGGAGGCAUAUGUACAAAGUAGAAAUGUAUCCAUGCUUGGGAGGAAAAAAAAUGUCUUCCUCCAUGGUAAGAGUAUAUAAAGACAUCUCCUGGUUGCUUAAUUCCAAAUACACAACUUCCUUCUUCUAAACACAUUUAAAGGGAGCAAGAUAUGGUGGGCUUACUAUGAAUGAAUAUAAACUAAUCACUCAAAGAAAAGGAUAUUCCUUUCCUUUUAUUCAGAACCCCUGACAUGUAAAUCGUACAAUUAAUCCUAAAGCAUAGAAAGUGUGUAAGCUGAUAGUAUCUGUAAUCAAAUAAUGAAAAAAAGAAAGCCAUUAAAGGAACACACCAUCUAGGGUCAAAUAAUGUUCAACAAAAACUGUAGUGGGUCUUUGAUCACAGGGAUAUCAAACAGUUGAUUCUCAUGUAACAGCUAAAUGUUUCAGAUUUUGUUUUUAUUAAAUUUGGCAGUUUCACACUGAGAUCUGUAUUCCUGGUGAAUAGAAGUCAGCUACUAUGUUAGGAGGGGUUCAAUUUUCACAACUGCAAGGAAGUUAGAAAUUUCAGGAACAGACCACAAAAUGUACUCGUUUCACAGUGCUCUCCUAUUCUGAACUGUGCAGUUAUCUAUUCAAUUUUCUACAGAUAUUUGUGUAAGGUGUAUGUAUGCUUGUGCAAUUAAAAAAAAAGCAGUUUUGGAAAACAGUGUAUUUAUUAAAGAAAAUUACUUAUAGGGCAUGUACAAAACUGUAAAAUAAAAAACAAAAAAAAAAACCUUUAAAAAACACAUUCAAUUUGCCCAGUAAAGUUGUUUUUGUGAAAUUUAUGUGUUGUUGAAUAAAGGACUUUAGUAUUCAAAGUA